UUGCAGAUUUCUGCAUCUUAACUUUACUGUCUUUAGCGGCCACAUGUAUUCAUAAAGGGCCUACUAAGUGGACAUAUAGCGUGUUACGUUUUUUAACAAACAUUCGAGAUUGAUCAACACAUCCUUGAAUAUUACUUAAGUGCUUUUUCUGAGCCUCAUCAUACCUCCCUUCGUCUUGACACCUGUGAGGACACAAGGGAGACUUGUUCACUUCACAGCCUGUGACCGUUUCAGCGGUUGCAUGACUGCAGGACCCUGACGCAUCUGCAGAGGACACGACUGCGACAAUGGAGAGUAUUUCAAAUGAAAGUGACUUUUGGCAAUCUAACGAACCCUGGCGGAACUCAAGUGUGGUUAACAGCACCGGUUGGUUGAAUCAGACAAACCCUCUGAAGCGGAAUGAAGAAGUGGCGAAGGUGGAGGUGGCUGUUCUCGCACUGGUGCUGUUUUUGGCGCUGACGGGGAACCUGUGCGUCCUGCUGGCCAUCCACACCACCAAGCACAGUCAGUCUCGCAUGUAUUACUUAAUGAAGCACCUGAGCAUCGCCGAUCUAGUUGUGGCAAUAUUUCAAGUGCUCCCUCAACUUAUCUGGGACAUUACAUUUCGGUUCUAUGGACCGGACAUUUUGUGCAGGUUGGUGAAAUACCUGCAGGUCGUCGGAAUGUUCGCCUCCACUUACAUGUUAGUGUUGAUGUCUGUAGACAGGUGUUUGGCCAUUUGUCAGCCUCUCCGUUCGUUGCACAGGAGAAAAGACCGUUUCUAUGUCAUAUUUUCCUGGGUUCUGAGCCUGCUCCUCAGCAUCCCGCAGAUGCUCAUUUUCUCCCUGAUCGAGGUUGGCUCGGCCGGAUCAGGAGUGUAUGACUGCUGGGGCGACUUCGUGAAGCCUUGGGGAGCCAAAGCGUACAUCACAUGGAUCAGUCUCACUAUAUAUAUCAUCCCAGUCGCAAUACUGAGUAUUUGCUACGGGUUGAUAAGCUUCAAAAUAUGGCAAAACUUUAAACUGAAAACUAGGCGCGAGCAGUGUAUAAGCCUGACGCCCAAAACCUCCAAAUGCAACACACUCGCCCGCGUGAGCAGCGUUAAGCUCAUCUCCAAGGCGAAGAUAACCACAGUGAAAAUGACUUUUGUGAUCGUCUUGGCUUAUAUCGUCUGCUGGACACCUUUUUUCUCAGUUCAGAUGUGGUCUGCGUGGGAUCCAGCAGCGCCCCGUGAGGCUAUGCCCUUCAUCAUCUCUAUGCUGCUGGCCAGCCUCAACAGCUGCUGUAACCCCUGGAUCUACAUGUGCUUCGCUGGGCAUCUGUUCCAGGAUCUUAAGCAGAACUUUCUGUGCUGUUCCACUCGCUACCUCAAGUCCUCCCAGUGCAGGUGUGAGCGUGACUUUGACUCCAGUCACAAGAGCAACUCCUCAACCUUUGCCAUGAAAAGCACAAGCAGUCAGAGGAGCAUCACACAGACUUCCACCACAUAAGCGCUCGUCCUUCCUUGCCUUCUCUUCUCGAGAUGCCCACCCUGCCUUUCACCAAUGCCAUCGCCCAUAACAUAUCCAGCAGUUCAACUCCUUCAGUUACCUCUCACCUUGGGGCUUGCUGUUCAUCCUCUGAAGGGGGAAAAAACAACACAAAUAUUUGUUUUGCUUUACAGUAGCUUGCAGUGUGACAUGGAUAUGUAAUUGCGAACUAGAAAGAUGUACAGAACAUUAUUACGGCUGUGAUAUAUAUUUGCAAUUACAUAUUUGCAGUGCAGAGAAAGUCAAGAAAAGCUAAUAUUUUUAAAGCACUUUCAACCGUGAAGCAUUACUGAUUCAGUUGUCACCAGCAAAGCUUGUGGAUCCUGUUUGUCUGUGUUAUGAUGAAAUUGCUCACUGUUUAUAAAUAAUGUGUACCAUAUUGUUGUUCACUUUCUUACAUUUGCAAUGAAUUGCAUACUGUACAUGUAAACUGUUACUUGAUAUAUUGUUAGAUGUGAGAUGUCAUUGUUGUCUGUCACUGGUAAAGUGUAAAAUAAUAAAUAAAUAAAGAGCAAAAGCAGCACAAA